ACCCGACGGAUGAGCUCGGGUGAAAGUGGUUGCUGUGGAUGCAGAGUGGAACGUCUUCUACGAGGACAGUGUGCAUUUUGACAGAGACCUUCCGGAAUUCGGAACUCGGGGCGGUGUUCACGUGCACCAGGAUGGGCUGAUGGUCACUUCUCCUGUCCUGAUGUGGGUCCAGGCUCUGGACACCAUCCUGGAGAAGAUGAAGGCUUCGGGCUUUGACUUCUCUCAAGUCCUGGCCUUAUCCGGGGCAGGACAGCAACAUGGGAGUGUAUGUUGGAAGACCGGGGCCAGCCGGGCACUGACGAGCCUGUCACCAGACCUCCCGUUACACCAGCAGCUGCAGGCCUGCUUCUCCGUGGCCGACUCCCCGGUGUGGAUGGACUCCAGCUCCACUGCCCAGUGCCGCCAGCUGGAGGCCGCUGUGGGCGGGGCCCAGGCUCUCAGCGGCCUCACGGGGUCUCGUGCCUAUGAGCGUUUUACAGGAAACCAAAUUGCAAAGAUUUACCAGCAGAAUCCGGAGGCCUACUCGCGCACAGAGAGAAUUUCUUUGGUCAGUAGCUUUGCCGCGUCUCUGUUCCUAGGCUCUUACGCCCCCAUUGACUACAGCGAUGGUUCUGGGAUGAAUUUGUUGCAGAUCCAGGACAAAGUCUGGUCCCAGGCUUGCCUUGGAGCCUGUGCCCCGCAUUUAGAGGAAAAGCUUGGCCCUCCAGUGCCAUCAUGCUCUGUUGUGGGAGCCAUUUCUUCCUACUACGUGCAACGCUACGGAUUUCCUCCAGGGUGCCAAGUGGUGGCCUUCACCGGGGACAACCCCGCGUCACUGGCAGGCAUGAGGCUGGAGGAAGGUGACAUUGCGGUCAGCCUGGGCACCAGCGACACCCUCUUCCUGUGGCUCCAGGAAGCCACGCCCGCCCUGGAGGGCCACAUCUUCUGCAACCCUGUUGAGCCCCAGCAGUACAUGGCCCUUCUGUGCUUUAAAAACGGCUCCCUCAUGAGGGAGAAGGUCCGUGACGAGUCUGCGUCUGGCUCCUGGAACGAGUUCUCCAAGGCACUGCAGUCCACCGAAAUGGGCAACAGUGGACACCUGGGUUUUUAUUUCGACGUAAUGGAAAUCACCCCUGAAAUCACUGGGCGUUACCGAUUUAAUGCUGAAGACCAGGAGGUCUGUGCAUUCCCUGGGAACGUGGAGAUUCGAGCACUGAUUGAAGGACAGUUCAUGGCCAAGAGGAUUCACGCAGAAGGCCUGGGCUAUCGAGUCAUGCCAAAGACCAAGAUCUUGGCCACUGGAGGGGCAUCUCACAACAGAGACAUCUUACAGGUGCUCGCGGACGUGUUUGGUGCCCCGGUGUACGUCACAGACACGGCCAACUCUGCCUGCGUGGGCUCUGCGUACCGCGCGUUCCACGGCCUUGCGGGUGGAAGAGAGCUGCCCUUUUCCGAGGUUGUGAAGUUAGCCCCAAAUCCGAGGCUAGCUGCUACCCCAGCCCCAGGAGCGUCUCAGGUCUAUGAAACCCUCCUCCUCCGGUACGCCAAACUUGAGCAGAGAAUCUUGUCUCGGACCCUGCGGCCUCCAGAGUGAAUUCCACAGGCCAAAGCACUCCUGUCGCCUCUUCCUGCUCUGACUCGUGAAUCUCACUUGGAGACGUGGCCCUGGAGAGCGGGAAUCCUCUUCCCUGGGACCAGCUACCAUGCUACCUAUUCGUGCCCCUCCUGGAAGUGCUCCAGCUCUGUCCAGCACCUCCUGAAGCUGGCCUCAGCACACCCUCCUGAAGCUGGCCCCAGCACACCCUCCUGAAGCUAGCCCUAGCACAUCCUCCUGAAGAGAGAUGGGCUGCCCGUGCCCCUGUGCUCUUGUGCCUCAAGGCAAGAAACCAUCCCUCUUCCUGCAUUAUCCUAGAACAUGGAAUAACAUGAAAUAUGACACACAUCCAAUAAAAAUGGGGACUUUUCCCUCUUUCAAA